UAAAACUGUUGAUUAUUAACAAACAAUUCGAAAUUUUAUUCAUUUGUCACAAAUAUAAUUGAAAUAUAUUCAUGAUAAUUAAGCAACGUUUUCACCAAUACUUGAAAAGGAAAGACGUGAAACUAUCCCUUGUAAAUAAAGAAAGAUUUUCAGAGCCCGCAAGUAACCUAUAACAAAAUGGAAGAUAAAUCGAAUCGUCGCCAUACGAGUUUUGAUAAAAUCGAUGGGAAUAGUGAUAUACAUAAAGUUUACGAGUGUGAAUUUUGCUCGGAGGCUUUUUCAUAUAAAUCUGGUUUAGAACAACAUUUAACAAAACACUCGAACGAAAAGCCUUUUCGAUGUAAAAUGUGUGACAAAACAUUCAAAUAUAAAACUACAUUGACUGUUCACGAGCAAUUGCAUACAGAAGAAAAACCGUUUAAGUGCAAAAUUUGUUCUCAAUCUUUUACCACUAGUAAACUCUUAAAAGAACACAAAAUAGUUCACGAUCCUGGAAGAACUGCGAAGACAGAAAAAUAUGAUUUGCAUAGUAAAUUCCAUGAGAGAAAAUCAAAUGACCCAAAUGAAAGUCUAGAGCAAGCAGGACCUUCUUCGGCUCACACUCACGAAGAGAUGAUGCAAGCAGGAUCGUCUUCAGCUCACAUUUACAAAAAUAUGACACAGGAAAAACCGUAUUCACCUCACAAUUACGAAGGGAUGACACAAGCAGGACCGUCUACACCUCAAAUUUACGAAGGGAUGACGCAGGCAGAACCGUCUUCAGCUCACACUCAUAAAUGGAUGAUGCAGACAGGACCGUUUUCAGCUAACAUUUACAAAGGGAUGACGCAGGCAGCACCGUUUUCAGCUCACACUUAUGACUGGACGAUGCAGGCCGGGCAAUAUUCACCUCACACCCACGAAUCCAUGAUGCAGGCAGGACAGUCUUUACUUCACACCCACGGAUGGAUGAUGCAUGCAGAACAAUCUUUACCAUACACCCACAAAUUGAUGAUGUAUGCAAGACAGUCUUCAGCUCACACUAACGAAUCGAUGAUGCAGGCAGGACAGUCUUUCUCACACUCACGAAUUGAUGAUGCAGGCAGGACCGUCUUCAGCUCUUACUUACGAAGAAAUGAUGCAUGCAGGAUCGUAUUCAGCACACACUUAUGA